AUGGAGAAAACUAUCGAACAACGUUACGCGAUCACGUUCUGUGCUAAACUGAACAAAAGCCUCGCCGACACUCACCAAAUGAUUCAGGAAGCCUAUGGGGACGCUGCUCUCUCCUAUUCUCAAGUCUCCAGGUGGUUGAAGUUUAAAAUGGUCGGGAAGAGGUGGAGGAUGACCCCCACUCCGGACGGCCGUCAACCAGCAAGUGACAAAGGGUCUCGUGUUCAUGAUCUUUUAAAUACCGAUCGCCGAAUGAUAGCAGAGACUCUCAGUAUUCCGAAAACCACUGUGCACGACAUCGUUACAGACAGGAAACUGGGUCGUCCGCACUCUAAAGGAGAUCGCCGCUACCUGGCAGGUGCACCACGACAACGCUCCCAGCCACACUGCUCUGCGCGUCCGGGAGUUUCUGGCCAAGCACAACUUGGCAACGUUGCCCCAGCCCUCCUACAAUCCUGA